CUGUAGUCUGAAUCUGGUGGAAGUAGAUGGAGAUUAACGAAAUAUUUAUAUUAUAAGUAUUUAACAUGCACGUUAGUAGAUGCAUAAUCGCCAACUCAAACGUAAAUUUUAAAACGAAAUCGCGCGAGACACGUGGAUGAAAGCUUUCGCUUGCAACCGUUGACCUUAGCGCCGACAAUGUAAGUUUUUCGCCCCUCGAAAGUUCACGAUGGUUCAAUGGCGAAAGCUGUCCCCGGUGAACGCUGCGGAUGCGCAUGGGCCGUACGCCGCACACCUCGGAAAGCGCAAAGCGUUUGCCUUCAAUGGAAGGAAUCGUUCGGCCAACUGACAAGUGCAGAAAAGGCAGUCAAACCGUUAGGCCGUUGUGCACCGUCGGGCACCCCACUUGGGCAGGAACAAAAAAAAAAAGGAAACAGGGCAGAAAAUAUGAGACUGCUGUGUGUCCGUGUACGCAUCGAGUAGUAUCAGCAGCACCCCACAACCAGCAAAAUAAACGAGGAAUAAUUGUGCAGCGCCCGCUGUUCCGCUGUCGCUUCCUGUCGGGAUUUUGCUUUUCACCUGAUAAAAGAAGCCCUCCAGCAUUUGAGAUUCCUGUGCGCGUUGUUGGGGACUGGUGUGGCGACGGUGGUGCGUUUUUUUUCCUUCCCGACCUUCAUACGUGCGUGCGUGCGUGUGUGAAUGUGUGUGUGUGUGCAGUGCAUGGCCGACUGUACUUCGCAGCAAAAGUUCGGUUCCAUCGCGCCCCGUGAAGGGUGAAUCCAGCAUUUUCAUCAACCCUACCACGGAAGCAAACUCGUGCGUCGGAUGCAACAAGCGCUGGAAGGUUCAGCUGUGGAACCAGAUGAAGGUUGUGUGUGAAAAUUGUUUUCCAUCGGAGUGCCAAAGAAAAUUAGCAACACGGUCGUGCGAUCGUGGCACGUUCCAGCGACCGGACAACGAGAAAGCUUUACCCACAUCCUCGCCGCUUCGGUGCAUCUGCAAGUAAAAAUUGUUGGUGCUGCUCGUUUGCUGCCAAUUUUUGUUUUCUGCACAAGGACAUCCCGGAGCAGCAGCAGCAACAAGGAAGCGUAUCCAGCAAAAGCGUCAGAAGCAAUAGAACCAACGGCCGAAAGACGGACCGAGAAUGUGUUGUGUAGCUACAGUAACGCAACAAAUCUAGUCACCUGCAGCGCAGAUGGAAAUUAGGCUAAGCCAACUGUCAAAGCAAUUCGUAUUAAUGCGCUUACUGCUCGCGCCCAUGUCUGCACUGUUUCGGGUCAGGGUACGAACACACUGGUGAACCCAUUUUUACAUCACGAACCAGCCAGCAAGAAAAACGGUCCAGCGACGCCCACUCACAUAGUACUGCCAUGCACGUGCAACAUUGGAAUUGGCAAAUUGCAUUUAUCGUACCAGCGGUGGAAUUGAAAGCGCUCUUCCAAUUAUCCUUCCGCGCCUGAGCCGCCAGAAGAACGCUCCCCCCGUCAAAUGGUGAUGCCCCGAAACCCGGCUUGAAGCUUGAUGCGCUUUUGAUACUACACGGACACGCAAGGAAUUGAGCCAGAACCGUGAAUGGUGGAUGCAUCUCGGCGCAAUAAAUCACCUCAUCAGGAUACGAACGAUCGAACCAACCCUCUUCGAGCACCGGCCGGUCGUCCUACCUUCCUGUUGUUCCGCUUCCGAUGAAGUUGAUUAAAAGCGCGUGAAAUGUGUAAUCGCUUAGUGUGGCGAACAGUUUCGAGUGGCGUUGCGUUCAACGAUGUAUUUUGUUAUGGAUUUGUAUCUCAUCGUUUUGUGUCUGCUGGUCAUCUACAUUAAGGAUAGUCUUCAAGGACCGCACGAAAAACGACUGUUGAACAAUCUGUUGGCAACGUACAACACGCUUGAACGCCCGGUCGCCAACGAGUCCGACCCGCUGGAAGUAAAGUUCGGGCUGACGCUGCAGCAAAUAAUCGAUGUUGACGAAAAAAAUCAGAUACUUACUACCAACGCUUGGUUGAAUCUGGACGAGAAGAAUCAACUUUUAAUAACGAACAUAUGGCUGUCGUUGGAAUGGAACGAUUACAACUUGCGCUGGAACGAUUCCGAAUACGGUGGUGUGAGGGAUUUGAGAAUUACCCCGAACAAGCUCUGGAAACCGGACGUGCUGAUGUACAACAGUGCUGAUGAAGGAUUCGACGGAACAUAUCAUACAAACAUAGUUGUGAAAAACAAUGGAAGCUGUUUAUAUGUUCCUCCCGGUAUUUUUAAGAGCACGUGCAAAAUCGACAUCACGUGGUUUCCGUUUGAUGAUCAGCACUGUGAGAUGAAGUUCGGCAGCUGGACUUACGAUGGAAAUCAGUUGGAUCUCGUACUCAACUCGGACGAUGGAGGAGACCUUUCUGAUUUCAUCACGAACGGCGAAUGGUAUCUCAUAGGAAUGCCCGGAAAGAAAAAUACAAUAACAUAUCAGUGUUGCCCGGAGCCGUACGUGGACAUAACGUUCACCAUACAGAUACGCCGGCGGACACUUUACUACUUCUUCAAUUUGAUAGUUCCAUGCGUCUUAAUUUCUUCGAUGGCCCUGCUCGGAUUUACGCUUCCACCGGAUUCGGGUGAAAAGUUGACCCUAGGUGUAACUAUACUGCUAUCGCUCACUGUAUUCCUUAAUUUAGUUGCGGAGACGUUACCUCAAGUAUCCGAUGCAAUUCCGUUACUAGGAACAUACUUCAACUGUAUCAUGUUUAUGGUAGCGUCAUCGGUGGUGCUUACGGUUGUCGUACUAAACUACCAUCACCGAACGGCAGAUAUCCACGAGAUGCCUCCAUGGAUUAAAUCCGUUUUCCUGCAAUGGCUACCGUGGAUACUGCGAAUGGGACGGCCGGGUAGAAAGAUCACACGCAAAACGAUUAUCCUGAGCAAUCGUAUGAAAGAGCUGGAACUGAAGGAACGUUCGUCGAAAUCGUUGCUCGCGAACGUGCUCGAUAUCGAUGACGAUUUCCGGCAUCCUUGCACCGGCAUUUCCGGCUCCACUACCGCAAUAGGGGGCUCGGUCUUUACGCGUCUUACAACGGUCGAAGAGCAGAAUGCCAGCUCCGGCUGCACGCACAAGGAUUUGCAUCACAUCCUAAAGGAAUUGCAGUUCAUCACCAACCGGAUGAAGAAGGCAGACGAGGAAGCAGAAUUGAUCAGUGACUGGAAGUUCGCGGCGAUGGUUGUUGACAGAUUUUGCCUUUUCGUAUUUACAUUAUUCACAGUAAUAGCGACAGUCACUGUGCUUCUAUCGGCUCCUCAUAUAAUAGUGCAAUAAUAAAGACAGAACACGCGGAAAUGAUGGCUAACGCCGGACCUCUGCUGCCACUGUUCGGUGUUUCGUGGUUACAUUACGCAUUGCCGGAAACGGGCAACCAAACAAAAAAACAAAAACCAAACCAAACAACCAGUACAUAUUAUACGCACACAGUACAGACGUAUAAAAUAUAAAUAUAUACAUAUAUAUAUAUUUUAUAGCUAAGUAGCGCGCCGUAUGAAAAAUAGUUGCAACAGUGCAGAGCCGAGUGAUUUCCUAGCUACAGCAAACCGAUAGGCGUGGAAGCGAAAUUUUAAAACUCGAAUCCAAACACUACUACUACUACCAAAUGACGCCGAACUGCCGAAUUUCUCGUACACAUGCACGAAAUAUACACCAUUCAGCCAUUUUCGCCACGGAUGCCACCUCCAUCUUCCUCCAUCGAGAGCCGAUGCACACCCGUGCUGGAAAGGGUGUGCGCGCACGAUCGACGGGAGUGAAAUGGACGACAGCCAGGACACGCGGUGGACACGAUUGCGUUUACCAUUGCUUUCAUUUUCAACACACAUCCAUCCAGAAGGGAGCAGCCGGAAUUGUAGCGAAAGGAAGGAAUUGAAUCACUGGUUUCGGUUCGAAGUAUGGUACGACCGUUUAAGUUACUUUUGUUUAACGACAAAACAAAAAUCCGUUAUUUGUGUGCACCACACAGUCAAACAAACCUAUGCGCAAUAUGAUAGAGAUUGCAAAGUGGACGAGUAACGUGAAACAUGACGAUAAAAGCAACCAAAACGAAAAGUGUCAACCAACAACCGUGUACGCGUUGUUUUAUGCCACAAAAGAUGGAGGGUACAAGCGUACCCUACCAACCUAUUGCUGCUGCCACAUAACGCCAACGGGCAGGCAGGAUAGUAAUACAAUUGCAGCACAAACGAAGACACGUGCAUAGAGUGAAUGAAACAACCAAACAAAAUGGUUCCCAUUGAUGAAACCACCUAUAUACACAUACAAAUCUUCGAGGGCUAUUAUAGUGGUCGCCGGUGUGUGCGAACUGCAAAACGACUGCAAUCAAGAAGAUGGCACGAACACACGUGAAAACAAUAUACCACCAAAAACGUGCGCGUAACGGAACAACAGGGACAAAAAACCAAUAGGAGACACUAGGCGGGAGAAUAGCAUUGGGGGGAAAAAAAACGCCCGCUACAGCAAGUGGACAGAAGCCAAAAACAAAAUCAAAGAGAUAAAGACGAAAACGAGGGGGAAACGCGGAAUGUUCAAGAGCAGAACGGGGAGAAGAACAAAAACAAAAGGGGGAAACGAGUCGAAGAAUAAGUAUAUUUAAUCAAGCAUCUUGAUUUGAUACUGAAUGAAUGGCAACGUUUGAUACUGUAGUGUUGUAUUUUUGGAACUAUAGGUAUACUAAGUGUACUGCAGGUAUAAAUCGAACGACUUGAUUGAAGUACUUUUAUAUUGAAGACUACUACUCAUCUAUAUGUAGAUGGUGUGUAAUGGUAAAUUAUUUUAAUUGUGUUUUAAACAAACAAACAAAAAACCCAGAAACAGAAGAAACAAAAUCAAUACUUACCAUGAUAAGCAGCUGGGCUGACCGCAUCAUCGUGUAUGCGUGAAAAUGCGCGCUCGCGCGUGCGCCUAUGUGCGUGUGGGAGAGAAGCAUUAAUUUAAGUAGCUAAAAGAUUAAAAAAGAACACGUAUAUGUUUAAUAUAUGCGUGAGGGUGAGAGAAAAUGGUAUAUUAGGCUCGAAUAACUUAUAAAUUGCUCUUUACACACACGGUGCAAAACGAAACUCUAUGAAAAUCACGACCCUCUUAUUAGAAGAAGCAAAUCGAAUAGGUGCAACAAAUAAUUAUGAUAUAUGAAAUAUAUGAAAGGGAUACACAGAUAGGAGAAAUAUAUAUAUACAUAACUAGACAAGCAGAGAAGAAGAAAGCGAAAGAGCAUACGUUAGAAACGGCAAGGAUUCGUACGAAGGAUUUGGCUGUGUGUGUAUGGGUGUGUGUGUGUGUGUGCUGGAACUAGCAUAGCAAACGUAUCGGGCACACAUACAAAACCCCCACACACACACACACACUUCCUCACUCAUUCACUAGAGCAUGUUACGCGUGAACGUUAUUCCGUAGAGCCAAGUAAGAUAAUCCGACGGAAGCGAGAAAUCCAUGUGCAGCUUAGCUAUAGGUUUCAGCUAACGACGUAAUGUUUAGAAAGAUGUGGCGACCACCACGAGGCUCCACCAAACGCAAUAUGGCGAAACAAAUGAAACGAAAGCGAAACACGUGUGCUUCUGAUUCGAAAACUUCUUACAAAAUGGAAGUAAACCGACCGGCACGUAAACGCACGCAAACAAAGCAAUGGCGCUACAAAUGCACCGAGUAACUCUCCUCUAGGCCAGAUUAUGCUCUAUUAUACACGUUUAUAUUUACUGCGAGUUGCCACCGACUGCUCGGGUUCUUUAUUGUUUGACGCGGUAUCGUCACUAAUAUAUUAUAUAUAUAGACAUAGCAUCGUGUCACUUACGAUUGUUAAACAACAUAGCAAAUUAUGGAGACAAAGUGCGCGCACGGUAGCCUCGAUGUGUGUGUGUGUGUAUAUGUGUCUGUCUGUUGAGAUGAUAGAGAUUUUUUUUAGUAUAAUGUCGUAAAACGCAGUUUGCUUAGUUGUGCGCGUCAGUUUUUGGAAACGUUUAUGUUUUCUUGCUGUUGGUACCACCUUAGAGAAUCUAUUUCUACGUACCUACGUACGUACGUCAUCCGCUGGCAAUAGUUUCAUCGCUGCUUCUGCAGUAACUGCAAUUACUAAUAUACUACUAGCGAGCUACUACCGCUAGCUGCAACUACUGGCUGACAACUAUUCGAACUACAGUAACUACUAUUCUUAGUGCCACUACACUACUACUAUUACUAUUACUGCUACUACUACUACUACUACUACUACUGCUACUGCGUUAACAAACACACGCUACUGACGCUCUGUUCUUAAACCUCCUCAAAGUCAGACCGUAGAACGCGCCUAUGAUUUGCGAUAGCGAUGGACGGCGAACGGUUAGAUUCUUGUCGAACCGCAUACAUCAGGCACACUAGGGUACAACAGUAUAAGUGAGCGUCGUAAUCAAAACUAUCUUACUGUCUGUUCAGCAGCUACAGCAGCAGCAGCAGCAGCAGCAGGAGCAGGAACAUUCUCGUGCCACCGAUACACGCCAACAGACGCUUGGUAAAGGAAGGACAGAUCUUCGUUAUCGUUAUCGACGUACAUGGCGCGUACGAUUUCUUACUGAUAUGUUCCUUGCAACAACAAAAAAAGAAAAACUAUUUUUCGUAAUGGUAAUUUUUGCACCACUUUACCCCGUGGGUGAGGCAUAUUUGCCCCGCCUGCAGAAUAUCCCAACGUUCGUUGUCCGACAUUUGCUAUCCGAUUUAUACCUGCACUCGUAAGCUCUUGCUGAUCAAUCUAAAGCUACCGAGAAAGGAUAGGUGUUAUCCUUCUGUUUUCGUACCGGUAGCCAUUUAGUCGGUCACAUGCAGCUUAGCUACUGCAAUACUAUUCGGUCGAGUACACUGAGCAUCUUUCACUAUUCUUUAGUGCGAUCUGACAUCUUGCCAGAAGGUGUGUGAGUGUAUGUGUGCCAGUGGUAAUCGCUAUCGCUGCACACUACCUUGACGAGGUUCGACAGAGGACAGAAAGUGAGGACUUCUCGAGGUUUAUAUUUUUGAAGGUUUUGUGUUCUGUCUGCGCACUAGCCAGCAAGCAUUGGUUCUCUCAACAAAGUAAUGCAAAUCAAAAAUAGUAAACGAAGCGGGGACGAGCAAAUGCACAAAUGCACCAUACAGAAUAUUAUAUAUUACUGGCAGCAUUUGUAAUCAGCCGAUAGGGGAGCACAGGAAGGCCCGAAGCCGUAACUGAGGCCCCUGGUGCAGGCUUUCGAACAUUUCGAAGCGAAUUAUAGUACAGUUCUAUACUUAUACAUGCAGGCAAAGAAAAAGCAUUUAUACAUAUAUAGAGGUAUAUAUAUACAUAUAUGUAUAUAACCAAAGUUACAUAUAUAGGUGCAUAUAUAUAGUCAUUAUGUAUUUAAUUUACGUUACUCGUGAUUAUGAAAUAUGGUGCAGAGGGCGUGGAUCUGGUGAUGAGGGCGAUGAUGAUGGUGGUUUAGUUUGUAUCAAAUUGACAAUUGAGAUCGCUAGCAAAGACACAACAUCCGUUCACAAGGAUUUUGAACCAAGCGAUGCGCAAACAGUGGCGGGUUCGUGCGUACACACUUAGUGUUACACGUGUUCAAUGGCAAGCGCAAAUCGAAACACAGCCAAAUCUCUUCACUGCUGCUACCGAACUCAUUGAUUCGGGGCACAGUUGAUGAAGGUGGUUUAAUUUACGUUGUCUUUUAUUUCAUUGUCUUCCUUAUCUUUGACUUAGCAAACUACCGCCGUUUUCCAAGGAAUGUGCCGCCUAUAUUAUAUCGGAUGCAAUAUGCAGUUACUCAAUCAGGCACCGAGUACACUCACAGGGGUUUGAAGCGAUUAAGGUUAAGUUCAGCGUGCAGAGCAGCUCUGUUAGUCCGCAUGAACGCCAAGGUUAAAGCGCACACGCACCCAAUGUUAUAAACUUGCACACUUGCAACUGCACCACGAAGAAACACAGCUGUUGUUAGACGGAACAAAAAUCACGGCACCGAUCGUGCGUUGAUUACAUCAGUUUGCCGUGUUACGUUUACAGUAGAUUGUGGGCUACUAUUUUCGAUCGGUACAGAACUCAACUAGCCCGGACCUUCUCUACACACACAGCAGCCAGGCAUGGAAGUAAGCAUGGAAGGCUCUUUAGACAAAACAUCAGAGUCCCAAAGAGGAAGAGAUACCAUUGUUUCUAUGUUUCCCGUUGAAACUUCAGAAGUGAUGUCGAACGUACACACAUACUUAUAUUGCAAUAAUUGCAAACAGACACCGCCAGCGCGAAUAAGAAAAUGGCGUUGCCAUCUAAUGUAGUGAACAGCGCGGACGCCAUGUUGCGCAGAGCGUAAAACCGUGGGCAGCAUUUCUCCGGUCCUGAAGCAAGUUUCUUCGUGUGUAAAACAGUAAGCGAUUUUGUUAUCACAAAUGUACACAAGCAAUCUACAUCGUAUCGUUGUUGUAUCACGGAAUCGCAUACUGUUUUGCCAAUGAGAACACUUGUUCUAAGAGGGCCCGGCAAACACUGUCAGAAGAGCGCGCGUCAGAAGAACCAUACGAUCGAGCGAAGUAAUAAUGUAACCGAGCAGCAGCAGCAGCAGCAUACACAUUAAACAAUCGUGAAAGAACAAUACUAUGCCCCCGUUUGAAACCAAAAACCAAAAUAUUUAAAAACACUCGUCAAGUGUAAACGCAAACGUAACCCAAGAGAGUUCGAUGUGGCAUCGAAUGUCCACCGCACGAAAUUUUACCGCAGUUUGGAGUUAAAUUUUUUAUUGUGGCGUUUAUUUUUUAAACUAGCCCUGUUAGAGGGGACUUACAAAAAAAAACUGGGACAAUUUAUGUGGGAUGUAAAACUACUACUGUUACUGUUUGUAUUGCAGAUAUAUUUAUACGAAAGUCUACUAAUCUAUUGUGUAUUACUACCAACAAAAAAAACUUCUACUACUACUUGUCUCACAUUUUCCUCACAUCUCCGGUACCGAUGUGCCCGGGUUGUCGAAAGACAAAGCAGAAAGGAAGAAAUUCCCCCCCCACACACACACACAACAGGAUAUGUGAAAAAUAUUGAAGGGUCAUUUCGAUGAGAGAUGCAAACUUUACAUAGAAAGCAAAUAUUUAUGUAACGUUUUACACGUCUUUUCCGACACGCGUACUUUCCGUUGGGAAGAGUUUAUUAGAGUGAAGCGAGAGACAAAAUUUCGUUGAUGGAUAUUCCGUGCAAUCGUGGUGGCGUUAGAUCAACCAGGUGGGUCCACCAACCAACCCAACACCCGUGUGCAACUGCCCAACUCGCCAAGAGGAACAAGCAGACAUCGAGUCACAGCAGGCUCCAUUGAGGCUCCAACUGACAGACAGUGCCACACACAUUCAUUUUCGAAUGGUACGCAAAACAAUUGGCUAACACAACAGUACACACUACAGCAGCACAUCCGAAUCGUGAUGAGAGAGUACUUUCCAGGAAUAGUAGAAACCAAACACUUUGAAACAGGAACUCUAAGUAGGGCUCUGUACUUGAAGUAUAAACUUAAUAUCUUAAAGCUAGCAGAAGAAAGAGAGAGAUAGAGUGAGAGUGAGGGAGAGAGAGAGAGAGAGGGAGAAGAUCUUACUAAUGUAAGCCAAAAAGCUAACCAAGCAUCGAACGCGGUUGCGUUCUUCGUGUUACUCUAUCCGGCUCUGGAUGGCAUAGGCUCUGGAUUACAUCUUUUCAGGAGUCCGUAUCCGUUUUAGGAUAACUACGAGGAGCGAACGAGGUGACGCACUUAGACUUAGAGCGACUGGUGUAGCAACUGGUGCACGUUGCCUGUCAAAAGCGGUGAACCACACACACACGCACAAACACAGACACACAAAUAGGAGAGAAAUACUAUUGAAGCACACUGUUUCUCGGGAACUAAACGAGCAUUACCACCGACAGGAAUUGGGCAGGAUUUGUUAGACAUCGGCGGAGGUCCGUCCUGCCAAAGCACAAUCCUUUCGCGAUGACUUACGACGACGAAUUUUAAUAGACCUGUGGGCAGUGUUUCGGAACUCCCUUCCCGGUGGUUAAUUUGUGAUCAACCGAAGCGAUUAGACUAGCGAAAGGAUAGCAACAAACAGACACUCAACAAUACACCAUCCCAUCGCGUUGGCGUACUCGUCAGAACAAUCUAUUUACUCUCUUCAAGAAAUUCCCUUUUUUGAAAGUAUAAACCUUUCGAAGCAAGCAGUUGGUUCAAUGGAGUCAGCGGUACAGAGCUCGGCCACCAGCAGUUGCACCGUGAAAUGGGUGGUUAUGUCCCUUGGUUGUAUCGAGCGCCACGUAAACAAAAAAAAAGUAAAUGAAUUUCAUAAAUUCUUGCCAAUCCACAGCACCUGGCCAAACCUCUGGAGUGCUGGAACGUUUUUCGUGUUUUGUUUUGUUUUAACUGGAGACGCUGGACCAUGUGAGCUGCAUAAUGCCCCAUUAACGUUCCCUAAUCCUUGGUAUCGUACAGAACUCUCCUCUUGAUGGUUCUUUCCCCCCGGAACUCUCGUCAAAUCCCCAACCAAAUCUAUCCUCGUUUGCUCCCCGCAUCCUUGCAGAUAUGCCAUUUGUUAAAGUUUUCCCCCGAUUUCGACCAGUGAGAAAAAGAACUGCAGCAAAAACCACGUACUGUAUCCAGACGUCGACUAUUUUCCAAGCAAAUUGUGGAACGUUCAGAAACAAAACAAAGCAAAACAAAACACACAAACAACACACAAGAUCUAUAUGUAUGCCAAAUGUUUUCAAUGAAAAUUGCAUGACAUCAACUAAAAGCAGCAAGGAAGGGAAGAAGAGAGUGAGCGCGCGCGAGAGAGAGAGAACGGGAAAAGGGUAUUAAGAAAGCGUUAAAAGAAAAAUGCAACCAAAAAAAAAACAAGAAAGAGUAAUUUUUACUAAAUAUAAGCCUGAAAGUUGAGGGCCUUAAUAGUUCAAAAUAAUUACUAAAAACAAAAAAGUUGUAAAUAAGAAUAUUUUUAACAAACGCAAGUUUUUACGAAAUAACAGCUAAACAAAGGUGAAGUGAAAAACGCGAGUGGCGCAGUGCAGAGGCGCGAGUCUGUUAUCGGCGUGUCAAAUUAACAGACGGUGUUUCGUCAUAUUGACGAGUAUUUAAACCAAAUAAAAAAAAAAAAACUGAAAUAAUUUUAAGAAACCCUGCGCGUAACGAAAGGAAGAAUAAAUAGUUACGGUUCAAAACGUAAAAUUAAACAAACCACACCAGUUAAAAUAGAGUUGAACAGGAGCGAUUGCACGAAAGCGAAGUAAUAUGGUGGGUAAAAAACGGGCAACCCCUACCCCAUAUCCAAAUCCAAGAGAUAUGCCAACCAAAAGCGGAAAACUCCGGCAAGAUUCUUAAGCAAAACCAGAUAAAGAAAACCACACAUACACACACAAAAAAACCCCCCCAAAAAACACUGUUCGUUCGUUCUCAUCAGCAAAUCGGGCUCGGGAAUUGCUACGCUCGGGAAGCGGACGGGAUAAUGCUGUGCGCGAUAGUUUGUUGUUUCUGAAUUCACUGGAGUUGUUAAUAGAGAAAAAGGGGAACUAGGCAAGCAAACAAAACCCGAAAACCAGCAGCAGCACAUUUAACGUUUCGUUUUGGGGACGGAAACACAGCAAGAACACAGCAACUCGAACGUACAUACGGGAUGGAUCAAUAAUUUAUGUUCCACCGAUGAUCGCAUGAUGUAACACCAGUGUUACACACGGAGAGAAGCGAAAAAAAAAGCGUCUGUUAGAGAUCAAAAAAUGGGGACGGAUUAAGAAAGACCAGGGGCGCGCGGUCGGUUCGAUAUCGAAGCGUAUGAUGCGUGUGUAUGAAAAUCCUUUCGGUAUCGUUGGUAUCGUUGCAGAGCCGCCGUAAGGACACGGAAAGGAUCUUAUAGUUUUGAUGUGUGUAAAAACCGACGAUACUUGGAAAUGGCGGAACUCAAAAAAGAAAAACUGUUACACAUACACGUACGUGUGUACUAAAAGAAAAAUGGAAGUUUGUGUCUGCAUGUGUGUGUGUUUGUAUAUAUACAUGUUAACGUUUUAUAAUAAAAUAUCCAAAUAAUAAUUGCGAAAAAUGCGAA